AACACACAACAUAUACCCAAUCAUAUUUCCUCCCUCCCCUGCUCCUCCUCUGUCUUGCCCCCCAUCAAACUCUCUGUGUUUUUUUUCUCUGCCUCUCUCUGCCGGGAGAUUUCCCAUUUCCGGUGGCGGGAAAGGGGGGGUUUGACCGUUGGUUUUCAACUGGGUGUUUACGAGAGUUAGGGAAUUGGUUGGGUGGUUGGGGGAUCGUACGGACGGACGGACGGAGGGGGAGGAUAUGGUGAUCUCCUUGGCGACGCCGAGGAAGUCGAUAACGGAGAAGGUGUUCCAGAGAGUUGGGGGGUAUUAUGGGAGCAACAGCGGGAACAGCCAGAGGAGGUGCUCGAGCGAGAGCGAGGACGAUUACGACGACGACGGGACCAUGGAGCUGGUGCAGAUUGGGGCAGAGAGGACCAAGAACGUGCUGAUUCUCAUGAGUGACACCGGUGGAGGACACAGGGCCUCCGCCGAGGCCAUCCGUGACGCCUUCCAGAUUGAGUUCGGGGAUGAGUACAGGAUAUUUGUGAAAGAUGUUUGGAAAGAGUACACCGGCUGGCCCUUGAACAACAUGGAGAGAUCAUACAAGUUCAUGGUGAAACAUGUACAGUUAUGGAAGGUCGCUUUCCACAGUACCUCUCCUCGAUGGAUACAUAGCUGCUAUCUUGCUGCCAUUGCCGCCUACUAUGCCAAGGAGGUAGAGGCUGGUCUAAUGGAGUACAAGCCGGAUAUCAUCAUUAGUGUGCAUCCUUUGAUGCAACAUAUUCCUUUGUGGGUUCUUAAAUGGCAGGGCCUCCAGAAGAAAGUUAUUUUUGUUACUGUCAUCACAGAUCUAACAACUUGCCAUCCUACAUGGUUUCACCCCGGGGUUAAUAGAUGCUACUGCUCAUCAGAGGAGGUAGCCAAGAGAGCUUCACUUGAUGGCCUUGAAGAGUCUCAAAUCCGUGUUUUUGGCUUGCCCAUCCGGCCUUCUUUUGCACGUGCAGUUCUUUCCAAGGAUCAGUUGAGAGAAGAGCUUGAGAUGGACCCUGACUUGCCUGCAGUUUUGCUAAUGGGAGGUGGUGAAGGGAUGGGACCUGUUAAGAAAACUGCAUUGGCUCUUGGAGAAUCACUUUUUGAUAAAGAGCUUGGGAAACCAAUUGGGCAAUUGAUUAUCAUAUGCGGCCGUAAUAAAACCCUCGCCUCUACGCUUGAAACCGAGCAAUGGAAGAUCCCAGUAAAGGUGAGAGGGUUUGAGACUCAAAUGGAGAAAUGGAUGGGAGCUUGUGACUGCAUAAUAACAAAAGCUGGACCUGGCACAAUUGCAGAGGCAUUGAUCAGGGGCCUUCCUAUUAUUCUGAACGACUACAUCCCUGGACAAGAAAAGGGCAAUGUACCUUAUGUUGUAGACAAUGGGGCUGGUGUCUUCACACGAAGCCCUAAAGAAACAGCCAGAAUUGUCACAGAAUGGUUCAGCACAAAGAAAGAUGAGCUGAAGAGAAUGUCAGAGAAUGCUCUAAAACUAGCACAACCGGAGGCUGUCUUCAACAUUGUGAAGGACAUGCACGAGCUUGCUUGCCAACGGGGGCCUUUGGCCAAUAUCCCAUACAUGUUAACAUCAUCAUUCACAGACCUAAUUUAAUUGACAAAAGGGGUCUUCUUCUAUACUCUGACUAAGGUUUGCCCUUAAGUAGAAUGCCAUGUACAGCUAGCUUUCUUAUAUAUUAUCAUUCUUUAGCCUUGGAAGCUUGGUCACCAUUGAGUUGUAAAUUAUGCUGAACAAGCUCUGACGCUUUUUUAAGGGUUGGGUAUUUUUGCAAGAAGAUAGGAUUAUGUGAAAGUUGCUUAUAAUGUUGUAAUCUUUAUGUUGCAGUGUAUCACCUUUUUAUUUUUA